AUGUUUGAGCUGAUCCUCGUUGUUGCUGUUAGAGCAGUCAUCGACAAUGAUUACAACUCUAUUGAAGAAGAAAGAUCUAUGGAGCUGUCCUCUUCUGGAGAGCUGACAAGGCCUGCACGCUACAAAGUUGGUAAUCAAAUCAUUCCUAUUGAAUUUAUACGUUACGAUCACCUCGUUAUUUUCAAACCAGUGGUUCAUUUGCAUCCUGGCAAAGCAAUAGAAUUUGCUUUGAGAGUUUCUCAUACAAAAAAUAAGUUUAUCUUCGAAGAAAAUUCUUCUAGAAACUGUACACGUGACACCGAUAUCAUCGAUCAGCUAUUGAACGGCACAGGUUAUAACAAAUUUCGUAUACCACAGUUAGAUUCAGAAGAUAAUUCAGAAGACGAAGGUAUGACUGUUUUUGUCGAGAUUUGGAUCCAAGCAAUCACAUCAAUAGACGAGCUGACGAACGACUUUGACAUGGAUAUUUAUAUCACGGAAAGGUGGCUGGAUCCUGCGCUCAACUUCGAAAAUCUUUCGCCUUGCAAAGGUAGCCACAUCAUUCUUCCUUUUGAACAAUCAACAUUUUCAGGUAACCUCUCGCUCAAUCAUCAAGUUCUUGAUCGAUUAUGGACACCGAAUAGCUGUUUUAUAAAUAGCAAAGUUGCCCAAAUUCAUGAGUCACCGUUCAGGAGCGUUUUUCUAAUGCUGUUUCCUAAUGGUAGUGUCAUGGUUAAUUAUCGUGUACGAGUAAAAGGGCCUUGCUCACUAGAGCUUAGCAAUUUCCCGCUUGAUUUGCAAAGAUGUGGGCUAAUUUAUGAAAGUUUCAAUUACAACAAUCAAGAGGUUCGGAUGCGGUGGUCUUCAAUGGAUCAGCCAGUUCGGCCAAUGGCCGAGAUCGUAUUGCCAGACUUUGAUCUCUUCAAGAUUUCAGCAAACAGGAUAGAAGAGGUAUUUCGGCCUUCGUGGAUGUUGAGUAAUCCUCAAUUAUUUGCGAUUUCUUAAAA